AUGGCGACGAUUGAAACAUCGGUAACAACGCCACCGCAGACACCAUUGCAGGCGCCAACUCAUGGAACAACACUUACCAGGUCUCGUUCGUCACCGAAUAAGUCGGUAGUGUCAAGUCCAUGGCAUACAGCUCAACGUACAAUGAACUCAUCGGUUCAUACGCGAUCUACAUAUCUUGAUCAUGAAGAUUUCUCAAAUGCAAUAUAUGUUGGGAAUUUGGAGAUGACAAUUAAUAAUGAUGCUUUGAUGAAAAUUUUUGGUCGUUUUGGGACUAUUGAGAGUGUCUAUCGUCCUCCAAUUCAUACAGACAAGGCGGAUCGGACGACACAUUUUGCAUUUAUUAAAUAUACGGAUGCAGAAUCAGCACAACGUGCGAUGCAGCAGGCAGAUAAUAUAUUACUUGGACGACGACGAUUAGUUGUUCGGCCAAGAAUUCGUUCGUAUGUAAGCCGAUCUAUUAAUCGAGUUCCUUCGUUAUCCCCUCAAAAAUCAAAUCAAUACCCUCCUCUUUCAUAUUCAUAUAUGCCGCCACAAUAUUAUCUUCCGUAUAAUACCCAUGUUAAUCAAAAUUUUAUGAGCAAAAUAUUGUCCGUUUUUAAUUUGCCAUAUGAAAUGACUCCUAAGGAUUUAUUUUGUUUAUUUAGUGAAUUAGGACGGGUUGAGGGCGCAUUUAUAUAUAAUGUGGUAGAUAGUCGUGGAAGAAGGGUAGGAGAAGUAGCUAUGGGAAGUUUUUAUCAUGCAAAAAAGGCUCUUGAAAGUUUAAAUAAUACAACUCUUAAUGGAUAUAUACUUGAACUUGCAUUUAAACCGCCAACAUUAUCUACUCAAUUUAUUCCACCUGUUAAUUCUGGUCAUUCAAUGAUGUAUGUACCUCCUAAUUCGGUGUAUCCAUCAUGGCAGUAUUCACCUUCACUUUAUCCGGUUCCUAACCAAGUACCUAUGCCUUGGUCUUAUUCACAUGUCCCAAUUGAUGAAGCAAUGGCGAACCUCUCAUUCUAUGGGGAAGAAUCCAAUAUGAUGAAUUCGAGACGUAAUAGUCUUGCAAGUAGUGUUGCCAGUGGUGGAGGAUAUGCACAUGUUUAUGAUCAACAAAAGGCCAAUAUUGAUCAUGCUAUCUCUAUGGGUGUUGGAGGACUACCAGAAGGGUCAGUCUUUUAUGAUCCGAUGACAGGAUUGCCUAUACCUAUGCAGGCAUGUACAACUGUUAAUGAAAUGCAAGAUGCAAAUAUACAAACAGUAACGGCUUAUCAGCCUGUAUCUUCAGGUCUAAAGAAGACAGAAGCAACGACUAAACUUACAACACCCGUAACACCUGUUGCUCCUACGGUUUCUAUGGUUUCUGCUGCUCCGGUUUCUGUGACAUCAUCUGCUUCUACUGUUUCUGCUCCUACGGUUUCUGUGGUUUCUGGUACAUCUUCUGCUUCUACUGUUUCUGCUCCUACGGUUUCUGUGGUUUCUGGUACAUCUUCUGCUUCUACUGUUUCUGUUCCUACGGCUUCUGUGGUUUCCGGUACAUCUGCUGUUUCUACUGUUACUGAGGCUUCUGCAACUUCAUCUGCUUCCACUGCUUUUUCAGCUUCUCCUGUUCCAUCUACUUCUGUUGCUUCAGCUGCUUUUUCUACAUCUAUUGCUUCUGUAGCUUCUACGGCAUCUGUAGUUUCUGUUAAUACUUCUCAAAAUACGAAAACUGAGCCAUUUCAAAUUGCAACCGCAUCUAGCACAACAGUUUCUAACUCUUUAAAUUCAUCUACUUCAUCUUCGUCUUUCAAUAAUUCUUCAUUGUCAGCAUCUAUUGUUCCUGAAUCUCAGCCUAUAGAUCCAAAGAAUUUGUAUAUUAAAAAUCUUGAUGAUGAUAUAAUAUCGCAUCCAUCAGAUAUCGAAACAUUGUUUAAACCAUUUGGGACAAUUGUAUCUUCACAUCUUGCUGUAGUUCCUGGAACAGGGAUUUCUAAAGGUUAUGGUUUUGUAGCUUUUAGUAAGGCUGAAGAAGCUAUAAAAGCUAAGAAAAGUUUAGAUGGGAGUAUGGUAGGAAGGAAGCGUGUAUUUGUUAGUUGGGCAGAACGUCGUGCUGAUCGUGAAAAACGAUUAAAAGAAAUUUUUAAGGCUGAUAAUAGAACGAAUAUUAUACAGAAUGAACUGGAAAAAGAUGUUUUUAAAACACAGGAGCCUUCAGUUAUAAAAGAUGAUAUUAAAGUAAGUGCUGUUUCUACUUCAGAAAUGAAAAGUACUCAAAAAGCUACUGAAAAUACGACUGGGAUGAGUUCAGGAACAGUUAUUACUCCUAAUCCUAUGACGGUUUUAUCAAAAUGGCGUGGAACCCCAUUAUCUGGUAUAGUAGAAGUGGAAGAGCCUGGCGUUCAAGUUGAGAUUACGACUCCUACUGAACAGAUAACUUCAGAGCCUGAAUUUAGGGUAUAUUCUGAGGGUGUAAAAUCGUCUCAGAGUAUGGUGACUGAAUCAGAAACUUUUGAGAAAAAUGAAAUUGAUAAAGACACUGGGCAAGGACAGGUAUGUUUAAGAGUUCGAGAUGAGAAUACUAGUCCGAAAAAAGUUCUUAAUGUAAAUAUUAAAAAGAAAGGAGGAUGGUAUAGGAAGCGUUGGAGCAGUGGAUGGGGAGGAAAUUAUGGAAAUAAGAAAGAAGAUGGAGACAGUCCUAUCAAAGAUACUCAAGGGGGGGAGAGUCCUAUUAAAGAUAUUAUAUUAGAAAGAAUUGUGGAUAAAGAAAAUUGUGAAUCAAAGUCUAUUUAG